AUGUCUUCUUCAGCGCCGCUGUCCACGCAGCAACCGGCGCCGCUACCGCUGCAACGGCAGCAGCAACAGCAAUCCACACAGAGCAUGCUGGACGCUAUUCGUCAGCAGGGCUGGGGCAGCGCCUCCUCCGGUGGAGGUGACGCGAUGCCCUCAGACGCCUCGUCUCGCGGGAUGGAGGGGCAUUCGGGGGCGAAGCUCGCGUGCCCCCAAAUGCACGAGGGGCACUCGGCCAUCUCCUCGCGGCCGUUCAACAGUGAGGGCGCGGACAAGCCCUUCGCCGCCGUAGCCGCUACGAGGGAGGCGUCAGAGGCGGCAAAGAACUCGUACGAUUCUAUGCAGCCGUCUGCGGACUCGCAGCAGUUGCGCGGUGCCGAGGGCGAGUGUGCUCUCCCUGGCCACGCCAAUGCCGCCGCCGCCGCCGCCACAUUGCGCAACACCAACGGCGUAUGCGAGGCUAUUGUUACAGCCGCGCGAUACGGGAGGAGCAUGGAACCCAGCGCGUCGGUGCCUGCGGUCACCGCCACCGCUGCCUUGGUAAACGUCGUAGCGGAAGAAAAGGAACGCCGCCGCUUGUCGGGUCCGUUCGGAUCCUACUCGACCACCGACGAAGUCUUCCACCAAAAGUGUAACGACGUGCAGCGGGGCAGUGCGAUCGAGAGCGCGGACAGCCGCACGGAUGCCUCUGGUGGUGCGCUCGUGGUGUCUCCUGCCUACGCGGCGGUCCCAGCUCGCGUGAGCGAGGCGCCCUCGCCGGUCGAUGCUGAGAUGCAGCAGCUCCUGGCCGAUGCCCGCCGCGCCUACACAGCUGCUGAGGAGCGCCUGCUGAGCGACGGUCUUGCCUUGCGCGAGGACUGGAUGGGCACACGCGAUUUGUUUUUCGCAGCUGGCUCGCUUUUCGCCGCCGUCGGCGAGGCGGCAGACGCGGCACGCUGCCUGCUGCACGCCACCUUCAUCAACCGUGCCUUUCAGAACGACAGCGAGGCGAUGGUGACAUUGGCGAUGUCGGUGGAGCAGCUGAAGCAGUCGCACCCGCGUAUCGCGGUGGACUCGCUGCUGCGGCUCGCGCCGUGCUAUGCGCAGCAGGAUCUUCGCUACCAAGCGGCCCGCUGCCACCGUGAUGCUGCUGAAAUACUGGAGAACAUUCUGGAGGCGAAGGAGGAGGCUGUCGUGCAGUACCGCGCCGCGUUGGACAUGUAUGCCGAAACGAAAGUGGCCGCCGCCGAGACGGCGCGACGCUGGGAACGCCAGCAACAGCAACAACGCACCGCUGCCAUCUGGGGCGACCUCACCGGCACACCACCGCUUCCCCCCUCCGCUGGCGCCUCCGCGACCAACGGCGAUCUGACCAGCCCAACGGCGCCCGGUGGUGUCGAGGCCACAUCGCUUGGGUCGGAGCAGCCCUUCGUGUCGCCCAAGUCCACGGCGCCGGUACCCUCCAGCGGCGGUGAUUCCCUUACUUCAUCCGUGAAUGGGCAGAAGCCCCACUCCCUCGAAUUCCCCGCGCAUGGCCCCCCGCAGUAUCGAGUCAGUACGACAGUGCAGCGCAGUCUGGCCGAUUCCUGCCGCUGGCGUCUCAUGAUCCUUCUCACGCUUCUCGGCCGGUACGACGAGGCGCGUGAGGCGGCACUCGACUGUGCGGCGAAUGUGCCGCGCACGCUACCAAAGACGAAGUAUCUGCUCUACGCGACGUUGUGCGUGCUGGCGCGAGGGGCGUCCGUGAAGACGGACAGCACGGCGAAUAGCGUCUCUGACCCAGCGGCCGCUGCGGAGGCAGCGCAAGCACCGGAGACGCCGACGACACCCUUUACGGCAGCUGCCGCCGACACGGUGUACUUCGACAGCCUCUACGACACCGAAAAGUUCUUCCUUGGACUGCAGGACGAGGACCGCACCUUCCAGCGCGGCAAGGAGAACGCGCUUGUGCGCGCCCUACUGGCGGCAAAUCGAGCGUGCUCUCUGACGGCCUUCGACGAGGCCGUGCGCGCCUACAAGGAGUACUCGACAACGGAGCCGUGCGCUGCGUUUGAGUUGUUGGCGGGGGAGUGCCGGCGCAGCCUGUUCGAGCACAUGGAGCGGUUUGCGUGA